UAUCACAAUAACCCGACUCUCGGACCCACGACGAGUUAAGCCCGGAGGGAAAAAGGACAAAUCACACAAAGGCACAGGGAAUCGCGCCACCGUGGGACGCGUACGGCGCACCGCCCGCCCGCCGGAUCUGCGCCGGCGACGCGCCCGGACGUCGGAUCUACGCCGCCGCAGGAGGGGGGAGGCGGCGCUGUGGCCGUUCUCUGCCCGCGAGCGCCCGGAUCCGUCCCGCCGGUGAGUCCCCGCGCCAGCUCCUCGGCCUGUGAUGAAUGUCGUUCGACGGGAGCCGCAGCGGGCGGUGCUACUCCGGGCUCGCUAAAUUUCCGCACCACCGCGAACGAGAGAAAAAGGGCCAGGUCCGGUCACUGGAUGCCACCGCUCCCUCCCUAGCCCCUGACAACGAUCUCCAGGCAUUCGCUUCCGCAGUCCGCACCACCGCCAUUUCACGCACACCGCCGCUGGGUGCGCGGACGCGUGGUCACUCCCACAGUCCAAACUCCACAGUCCCCGCAUCUGCCGCUAUUGCUGUGCUCGGCUCGGCACACUCAGACUCGGAGUGAGAGCGACCAAGAAGAGGGGAUGAUGGAGAAGUGACACGGCGCCGGAGGUUGCACCCUGCUCCGCCUCCUCGGCGCCACAGCCGCCUUAGCGGUGACUUCAUCUCCGCUAAUCCAACGGAUAGGCAAAACUCUAAUCUUUGUCAACCAUCAAGACUGUAGAGACUAUGAACAACACUCAUUGUCUUCUUCUCAAUUGAAUAAGGGAGCUGCUACAUAUAAUUGCAUUCCAAGGAAAAAAAACAAUAGUAAGGGCAUAAGCUGUCAUUCUCUUUUAUCCAUCCAUAUAUCUUAUCCUUGAUCACAUUUUGAUUCCACUACCCAAAUUAUUCCCCUUGAGAAUCAAUUAUCUUCUAAUGCUUCCAAUUUGCAUUACGUACAUCCAUGCCGCUCUAUUGACUGCAAGGACUCCUUGCAUUCUCUUUUAAAACUGACUUAGGUUGAUUGAAACUAUGGAGUAGCCCAAUGUCAUUAGUAAUUAUAGUCUUAACCUUUCACUUCAUGCAACGGCAUCAUAAAAAGGAAUAACAUAGCCCAUGUGGAAUGUAAAAGUUCACAGAUUCUUGAUACAACUUUUCUUAAGAUAUGGUUCCAUUCUUGCUGUAGUCAUUAUUAAAUUGCAUCUAAGAAUAAUUAGGCGUAUCUUUUGCAAAUCCUUAUAUUCUAGAGAUUAGCUCAGUAACUGAACAGAUGCUAGCGGGUAUGAGCAGUAAUUCAUGUUCUUGAUUGCUCGGUUAAUGUCAAAUUGAUUUAUCAGGAGUCCUCAAUGUCCUGGUUUUGUGUAGUUCAGAUUUAGCAAGAGUGAAUUAAGAUUCGUAGAUGUACUAGCAGAGUGGAGAGGCUGUUUGCAGUAAUUACUUGCUAGAGCAAAACUACAAUGCCACACCUUCCACGCCACGACCACCCGCUCCACCCUUAGUUUCACUGCUGGCCUUGGCCUUGGCCUUGGCCUUUGUCGCUGCCAUCCUUGUGCUGAUGUUGCUGGUCCUAACCCUUGCCCUGGGUACCCUCGGCUUGCUGCUGGCCCUUCUCCCCGCAUGUGCCGCCAAGCUGCAGCUUCUGGAGCUGAACGCCCAAUCCAUGCUUCUCGCCACACAGCCACACCGGCUUCCUAGCCUUGUGGAGCUUCUUCAUGACGGUUUCUGGAUCCAUGAGCCCGAACACGAUGACCUUGCCCUCUUCUAGAACUACCGGCAUCCGUAAAUUUAUGUUGCUUACAACGGCGGAGCACACUACAGCGAAGAGAGUGCUCGCUAUUCGCAAUUGCAAGAUAACACACUUCGUGCUACAACCAACCUGAGGUGUGCCCACCAAAUGCGACACUGACAUGCCACUGUCAUUACGAAUCUAUUGGCCAUAGGGCUCGUCCUCUCCAUGCUGGUGGCCACAGGGGUCUGGUCCCCAGUGUCACCGCCGUCCACAGUCCCACAUCACGCGGCCACAUCGUCUGGAAGUACCAAUGUGUAGUCGUCGACCGAUGACAGAUGCAGCGUCGAAGUCAAGGAAACAUCCAUGCUGUCCACGAACGCGCACACAAUACUAGUUUCUUAUCAAACCUGUAGGUGUAGGAUUACUCGUGGAGUGUUUCUCACUUGUGUGAAACCGUGUGAGCUAUUUGAACAAUUCGAUCUGGUCAGCGAAGGGAAAACAUUUUUUUUAAAAAAAAAUCUGUGGGGGGUUGGAUUUGUUCCUAGCAUUCUGUGGACUUAAAUCAGUUGAACUUUGGAGUCCUUGUUUUUGUUUAGCUUGUCACCGUCAAUUAAUCCUACUUCAUUUCUGGUCGCAUGCAAAAUCUGCCUAACUAAUCCUAAAUAUUUCUGGUCGCAUGCAAAAUCCGCACUGAUCCCAAUCACUGGAUUGUAUUACAAACCUAUGUGAUUCUGAUGAGAUUUGGUCACCUUGUACCAAAACAAGCGGAAAUGGUUGUUUUUCCUUAAGAGAAGCUAUUUUUUUUUACAUUUUAGUGAGAAUAAUACACGUGUAUGCUUACACGUGUGUUGUUAUAAAUCCUGCUCGAUUGAUUCUACUCUCUGUCCGAGAUUGAGAUCUAAGCUUUAGUGACAUUUCUAGUUAUAAUGGUCUUAUCACCAGUGGUUUUGAAAUGUAGUCAGAAGCUUGCAACACUCAAAUAUGAUCUUCUACUUAUUCUGGUCAACAGUUGUUAAUAGGUUUAUUGCCUUAUCGGGGAUAGACUUGUGAAACCAUGCUACCUCACUCUGGCAAAGGACUGUAACUUAGUCCUUUGCAAUGGAAUGAACAAAGAAAAGAUCCAAAGAAUAUUGUGUUUAUGGAAGCAACUUGAUAGGUUCUGUUACAUGCUAGGCUGCUAGCUAAUCCAUUUGUACCAGACAUCUGUAAUCGCUCCAUAUUUUUUUGUAUUUCCUAGAUUUGUCUAGAAUCUUACAUUUAUCAUUGCAUGAACGUUCAUUUUGUGUUAUAUAGUAUUCAUUUAUAUUUUUCCUUCUCCCAGUAUAUAUAUAUAUAUCAAUCAAAAUGGUCCUGUGAUAUCGAGCUUCAGUUGAUGCAGAGGUGGUGAAAACAUCUUCUCUUCUCCAAAGACUGCUGACUGCAAGUUGCAAAAGUUUGUCUUCAGCUUGCUGUGUUCUUUCUUCCCUCUCUGGCGGAGUACACGAGAAGUUUGUAGAUAUAGGCACUAGGCAGCUCCUUUCAGCUCUUCUAUGUCCAGGGAUUUGGACUGUCCUGUUCAGACACAGAUGGCUGUGGCAGUCCUGGACCGGAGCUUCAGCAGUGAAUAUCCUGGAGGCAGCAGAACUGAGGGGAGGCAACUGAGCUGGAAGAGAGUCUUUGUGCAAACUGACAAUGGUUCUGUCCUUGGCAUUGAGCUGGAGAGAGGAGAAAAUGUGCAAACUGUGAAAAAGAAGCUGCAGAUAGCUCUCAAUGUGCCCACUGAUGAGAGUUCAUUGACCUUUGGUGACCUGGUUCUGAAUGAUGAUCUUAGCAGCAUUCGCAAUGACUCACCGUUGCUUCUCAAAAGGAAUCAGAUUCACCGAAGCAAUUCCACACCUUGCCUCUCCCCUACUGGCCAGGAUGUUUGGCAAAGAGACCGGAGUGGACCCAUUGAAAUACUUGGCUGUUCAAGCCCUUCAUCUCGGAUGAAGCAGAUUGCGAAGGAUGUCAUUAAGGCCAUAAUGAAUGGUGUCGACCCAGUUGCUAUUAACAGUGGGAUGGGUGGUGCCUACUACUUCAAGAACAUUUGGGGAGAGCGUGUUGCAAUCGUGAAGCCAACUGACGAGGAACCAUUUGCCCCAAACAACCCAAAAGGUUUUGUUGGGAAGGCUCUGGGGCAGCCAGGCCUGAAAAGAUCUGUACGAGUUGGUGAGACAGGCUUCAGGGAGGUUGCUGCGUACCUCCUCGACUAUGAUCACUUUGCAAAUGUUCCUCCCACCAUGCUGGUCAAGAUAACACACACCAUCUUCAACGUGAAUGACUGUGUUGGCUGCAAAAGCAAAGUAUUCUGCAACAAAUCAGAGUCUGUGAGCAAGAUUGCAUCACUGCAGGAGUUCAUUCCUCAUGAUUUUGAUGCCAGUGACCAUGGGACCUCAAGCUUCCCUGUAUCUGCGGUGCAUAGGAUCGGAAUACUUGACAUUAGGAUCUUCAACACUGACAGGCAUGCUGGAAAUCUUCUGAUCAAGAAGGUUGGUCCUGGGGCUGACAAUUUCGGAGAGCAGACAGAACUCAUUCCUAUUGACCACGGUCUUUGUCUUCCAGAAUGCCUAGAAGACCCCUACUUCGAGUGGAUCCACUGGCCGCAGUCGUCUGUUCCCUUCUCCGUCGAGGAGCUCGAAUACAUUGCAAAACUUGACCCUAUAAAGGACGCAGAGAUGCUACGCGUGGAGCUACCUAUGAUACGGGAGGCGUGUCUCAGGGUGCUGGUGCUGUCGACAGUGUUUCUCAAGGAAGCUGCAGCGUUCGGCCUCUGCCUGUCUGAGAUAGGAGACAUGAUGAGCAGGCAGUUCACAGCAAAGGAAGAGGAACCAAGCCAGCUCGAGCUUCUCUGCAUGGAGACGAGGAAGUGGGUCGAGGAAAGAGAGUUAUUUCUUCCCGACGAAGCCGGAGUUGAAGACGGCGAUGAUGACUUCACCCAGUUCCCUCUCGACAGCGACGCCUUCGAACCGCCAGCUUUCUGCAAGUUUGGCAGCGUGAAGACAAGUUCCAGGAAUCCACUAUCCAAGCUGGACGAGUGUGACGAGGAAGACGGAGACUUGUCGGAAGAGGAGGGCGAGCACGGUGACGUCCUGACCAGUGGUGCAUUGCCCCAGAAGGUUCCUCCCAUCUCCAAGCUGUCGUCGUCCAUGAAGGGGCUUGGCUUCAUCGGGAAAUCGAAACCCUACCGUACAGGUGGCGUCCCCAAGGGUAAGGUGACAGGUAGAACUAACUACAGUGGCAAAGCCAGCGAGCAUCAGUCCGGGAGCCGGAGCGCCAACGAGCUGCUCCCGCCCAGCGCGAGUUUCGUGAAGCUGUCGGACAUGAGCCGCAAGGAGUGGAGCGCGUUCCUCGAGAAGUUCCAGGAGCUGCUCCCGAGCGCCCUCCGCACCCGGAAGCACAGCGCCGGCGUCGGCCAGCGCCCGAUGCCGAGGCUGGGCACGUCUUGCCAGUUUUGAAGGUGUAGAGGAGAAGCCACCACCAAGGUAAAAAAAAUGGAUGUAUACCUCCGUUUUAGCUCUGGUGUCGUGCAGGUGCAGCAGUCAGCAGGUAUUAUUAUAACAAAAAAGCUUGUAGGUGUAUGGAGCCAGUAGAAGAGGUUGUCUGAGAAUAAGAUCGUCGAUGGCACAGAUGAGAUGAGCUUGGAUUGCAGGAGAGUGGUGUGUUUGUGCAUAGUGUUUUGACAUAUGAGAUGCGUUGUUCUUUUCUUUUUUUUUCUUUUUCUUUUUUGUAUAUAGUGAGUACUCCUGCCGCCUCGCAACACCGGGCUCGAUCUCGGCCGUUACCUGAUGGUUGGUGGUGAGUGUGCUUGGCAUCGCCUGUGUUCUGUCUUUGCCGCUGUACCAUUUUGGAGACGCUUACCAUAAUAUGAACAGCUGUGAUAUGAUAUCGCUACAGAUAUAUGCAUAAAUAACACCUGAUAGUCUGCUUCAGUAA